CAGGAAGCAUAUAGUCGCGCCCGUGAUAACCCUUUUUUCGAUGGGAUGAGAAGAGGUGAUGCAACUGCAACGAACGGGCAAUCUAUAUUCGACUUACAAGGAACAGUUUCUGGAGGGAGCAUUUCUCGGUCAGCAUCAGAUAUUGGUUACAGAGGAUCCAGGAAAAUUCUUAUGGAUAUUUCUGAAAAUAUCACAUAUAUUCCACCCAAUGAUUCACCACCAGACGUUAUUCUAGAGCCUUUUGGCAAGUCUUUAUCUGGAAGGUGGUCAAAGAGUGCCAGAACAACUCCAUCUCCUUUAGCAAGCCUUCAGUUAGGUUUGAACAUUGACAAUGAGGAUGAGAAUGAAUUAACAAAUGAGUCCAGUCCAAGGGCCUGUGAAGCAGAUGAAGAGAGCUAUACUCUAAGUGGUCUAGCAACACCUGCAAUUGAAAGAACAUAUACUGUAAAUAAGAGAACAAAUCUCUCUAAAAUUCCUCUUCCUCCAUGUGCGGCAUCAUUUUACUAUGGAAAUUCACCACCAAUGGAGAUUGUGGAAUCAUCUGAAGGCAUUCAGAAGGUUAAUCUGUACCUGAGAGCUAGAAGGGAUGAUGUCAAUGCUGGCGUGCCAGGAAGAUUCUUGCAUGCAGUAAUAGGGCAGGAAGUCUCUGAUGUUGGAUCUGUUGCUUCAACCAUCAUGUACGCCUUCUACUUGAAUGAAAAACUUAAAAACAAUCAAUUCUGCACAGUGCCUGUUAUCAACAUGAAGAGGGCAGACCUAAAUUCUCAUGCUGAGCUUAAAUGGCUACUUGAUUCAUGUCAUAUUGAUCAUGCGUCCUUGAUUUUUGUUGACGAGAUUGAUCUGUCAUAUUAUGAUCUGUUCGGGAGUCUUAAACUAGUUUUGCUAAACGGUGAUAAGCUUCCAUCCAAACAAGAGGCAAUAAAGGAGGCCCUGGUUGAGAUCUUUAAUUGCGGAAAGCAUGAUCCUCCAUAUCCUGGGGUUGAUACUGUCACUGUCGGACAGGAUUGCUCAUGCUGCACACUUAUUGCUGAAAAGUUUGCACUUACUUCACCAGAGAUUUUAGCAGGGCAAGGAUUCAGUCGACUUUUGUUAGCAGGCAUUCUUAUGGAUACAGGAAACUUGACCAACUCUGAGUGUACCACCAAAGAUAAGCACAUGGCGACAUUGUUGAUAAAUGGGGCAGGUCGAUUUGGAUGCAAUGGUCUUCACCAAAUCUUGAGAUACAAGAUGUACGACAUAUCAGACCUCAAAGUAGGAGAAAUCCUGCGCAAAGAUUUCAAGAAGUGGACAAGAAUAGGUAAACCAGAGAGUCCACGUUCAAGAUUGAUGGUAUCAAGCAUUGGGAUGAGUUCGAUUGGAAUUUCCAUUUCACAACUACUGGCCCAUGAUGAUAGAUCAAGUCAAGAAAUCAUAUCUUUCCAGCGGUUAGAGAAACUUCGACUACUCAUGAUUGUUUCUGGCCGCUAUGAUACUCAGAAGAACUUCAAGAGGGAAAUCUUGGUCUCUGCUGAAUCUGCUGAUCUUUUGAAAAACCUGCUUCACUUCUUUCAUUUGAACACUCAGUUGCCGCUUAAAGUUUUGCAUCAACCAGGUCUAAGAGAUGAGAUGAGAGCAUUCGAGAUUGAAAAGGUUACAUCAAGGAAGACUAUUGAACGACUCUUGGAGGAAUUUGGUGGGACAUCAAAACGCUGAUGUCAAAAGCAAUUUAGCAAGAUAGUUUCUCUGAAUAUUUGUUUUUUGAAUUGCAUCCUUGCAACUAAUCAAGGAGGGAGAACAGUAAAAACUGUCAAUCCAUGGCUGGAUACAUAAAGAUACCUUCGAGCAGCGUGUAAGAGAAUGUGCUGCCUGUUGAUUAUUUUGAGUUUCGAUUAUGCUUUUUUCAGGUCUAUUACUUGUGCAUAGCGUAUUAUUUGCUGUUACAUGUGCUUGUAAUAAAAAAAUUGAAUUAGCCGAAUGCCUAAAAUGGAUGUAAAACAUUUAUGUAGCAAUAUUGGUCAUGUUCAAAAGUAUACUAGGA